AUGGAUAUUACAGAAUUACUACAGUGCUUCGCCUGUACUUUGGACCAAAACGCUGCCAUAAGAACCAAUGCGGAAACUCACCUUAAAAACGCAAGUAAGACACCAGGGUUUUUAGGUGCUUGUUUAGAUAUCAUCGCCGCCGAUGAGGUUCCAGAAAAUAUCAAGCUAUCAGCAUCUCUAUACUUCAAAAACAAGAUCACAUACGGUUGGUGCACUAAUGAGAGACACGGCUCAAAUGAAUUAUUAGAUUCACAAGUUGAUUUGGACGAAAAACCAGUCGUGAAGGAUAUGUUGAUCAAAACAAUGGUUAGCGUCUCCAAAACUUCUCCACGUUGUAUUAGAGUGCUAAAAUCCGCCCUUACUGUGAUCAUCUCAGAAGAUUAUCCCAGCAAAAAAUGGGAUGAUCUAUUGCCAAGCUCAUUAGAAUUGCUCUCAAAUGAAGACAUUGCUGUAACAUAUGUUGGGCUUCUAUGUCUUGCUGAGAUAUUCAGGACGUAUAGGUGGAAGAGUAAUGAUGAAAGACAGGGCUUAGAAGAGUUGAUUUUAAAUUAUUUCCCCGCUUUAUUAAAUUACGGCUCAAAUACUCUGUUCCAAGAUGGCAAAUACAUGAACAACGAGCAAAUUGGUGAAUUGGUGAAACUGAUUGUUAAGAUCUAUAAAUUUGUUUCAUAUCACGACCUUCCAUUUACCUUACAGCGCCCAGAAUCGUUUACUCCAUGGGCAUGUUUCUUUGUUGGUAUUAUUCAGCAACCAUUACCUCAAGAAAUUUUGGUCAUAUCCGAUCUUGAAGUAAGAAGCAAGAAUCCUUGGGUUAAAUGUAAAAAGUGGGCUCUAGCAAAUCUUUACAGACUUUUCCAAAGAUACGCAUCAACUUCAGUAACAAGAAAAUUCCAAUAUGAUGAAUUUAAACAACUGUACUGUGACCAAUUUUUGACUCAGUUCUUACAAGUCAUCUUCAAGCAAAUUGAAGAAUGGGGGACUGGCCAAUUGUGGCUAAGUGAUGAAUGUCUAUACUAUAUAUUGAACUUCAUCGAACAGUGUAUUGUGCAAAAGGCUACUUGGAAACUCGUUGGUCCACAUUAUAAUGUGAUUCUUGAACACGUUAUUUUUCCUUUAUUGAAGCCUAGUGCUGAUGCUUUGGAGACUUUUGAAAAUGAUCCUCAAGAAUAUAUCAAUCGGAAUAUGGACUUUUGGGAUGUCGGUUACUCUCCAGAUUUAGCCGCACUUGCUUUGUUAACAACAUGUGUCACAAAACGUGGAAAAAUCACCUUACAGCCAACUUUAGAGUUUAUGGUCACAACCUUACAAAAUUCUAUUGGUGACUACAACAAUAUUUCCUUAGAACAUGCCUUGCAAAUUGAGUCAUGUUUGAGAAUAUUCUCUAGCAUUAUUGACCGUUUGAUUACCAAGGACUCUCCAUUCGUCAAUGAAAUGGAAAAGUUUGUAUUGACGUUUGUUUUGCCAUUUUUCAAAUCUCAAUAUGGAUUCCUACAAAGCCGUGUUUGCGAAAUUUGUUCGAAGUUGGGUUCAAUGGAUUUUAAGGACCCGAUAAUAAUUUCCACCAUUUAUGAGGGCGUGAUGAACUGUUUAAAUAACUCUAACGGUUCAUUGCCUGUAGAAUUAAUGGCAGCAUUGGCAUUGCAAACGUUUAUUAGCGAUGAUCAAUUCAAUCAAGAGCUUUCCAGACACGUUGUGCCUACAAUGCAGAAACUACUAAGCUUAUCCAACGAUUUCGAGUCUGACGUAAUUUCUGGCGUUAUGCAAGAUUUUGUGGAACAGUUUGCCGAGCAAUUGCAACCUUUCGGUGUUGAAUUAAUGAAUACUUUGGUUCAGCAAUUUUUGAAAUUGGCAAUUGAUCUACAUGAAGCCUCGAAUAUAGAUCCAGAUUCAUUCGCAAGUGUCGAGGAUGUCCCUGAUGAGUCUGAGAAGCAAAUGGCAGCGUUGGGUAUAUUAUCAACAACGAUCUCUAUUUUGUUAUCUUUUGAGAACUCGCCUGAAAUUUUGAAAAAUUUGGAGCAAUCAUUUUAUCCAGCUGCCGAAUUUAUUCUGAAAAAUGAUAUAGAAGAUUUCUAUCGUGAAUGUUGUGAAUUUGUAGAAAACUCUACAUUUUUAUUAAGAGACAUUACACCCAUUAGCUGGAAAAUUUUAGAGCUAAUUGGGGAAUGUAAUAGGAAACCAGGUAGUAUGGUGUCUUAUUACUUAAGCGACUUCAUGUUAGCGCUUAACAAUAUUUUGAUUUAUGGUAAAGACGAAUUGAAGAAGAAUGAAUUUUACACUAAGAUUAUAUUCGAGAUUUACCAAAAGGCUGUCGUUGCUGAAGAUAAUGCUCUAGAUGACUUGAGAGUAGUCUUUGACUUAUCUCAAGAAUUAGUUCUUGCACUAGGUGACAAUUUACCGCAACAAUAUAGGGAACGCUUAUUAGAAGAUGUUGUGAAGGCUAUCUUAACAGAGAAAAACGAGUUGAAAACUAACAUUGUUUUUAGCGUAACCGCUUUUAAUGUCGUAAUUUCAAAUCUGAUAACAGAGCCUUUAAUCACGUUACAGUAUUUGAGACAGCAAAGAUGUCUUGAAAUUUUCUUUGAGACAUGGAUUACAGGCUACAUUCCGAAUUAUAAAAGAUGUUAUGAUAUUAAGUUAUCCGUCCUUGCGCUUUUGAAAAUUAUUCUGAAUUUACAAAGUAGCGAUUACUCCAUGUUGAACUUGGAAAACCUAGUUCCACAAUUGGGGACCCUUGUGACUCAGUUAGCUUCAAGACUUCCAGCAGCGUUGAGACAAUUAGCUGAUCAACGCAAAGAAUUUUCAUCAUCAGGUUUCGGAGGUGACACCAAGUGGGAUGAAGCAUUCCUUGACGUUGGUGAUGAGGAUGACGACGAGGAUGAAAGUGACUUGACCGAGAAGUAUUUAGAGUUGAUAAAAAACAGAUCAGACUCCUUGGAUUUUGUAGACGGCUAUGACGCGAAGGAAACGUUUGAUGACUUAGAAGAGGACCCAUUGACAGGAUCAAUAUUGGAUACUGUUGACGUAUACAAGGUUUUCAAGGAGUCCAUCAUGGGCCUACAACAUGUCGACAGUAAUAGAUAUCAAGGUAUAAUGGGUCUCCUGACGCCAGCUGAUCAAGAACUUUUCAUGGGGAUUAUGAAUGCCUAG